AUGCCAGAGGAGGACAAUUUUGAGGAUGCGCUCGAUCAUGUUAAUGCUGAAAACACGAUUGAAAAAGGGAUCAAAAUUGCCGAUCUUUCACAACAUCUUUUCUUCAACAACAAAUUCCAAGAAGCCCAAGAUCUCGUCCAACCAGUCCAAAAUGAAACAUUCUACCAUCACCAUGCCAUGACAGCAUUACGGCUCCUCAACGCUGUGAUGACUUUUGAUCAGGGGGAUUUCAAGAUCGCUCUAGAAUCGGGAGAAAGUACGGUGAAAAUGUGCGAUAGUUUUCUUAACGAGGGGUUUAUGAAUUCGCUGUCAGAGGCUUUCGACUCGAAUAAGUACAAAAAUUGGUCGGAUGAAAAAUGCCAUGCUCUUCUAGUGCGGGCAGAAGCGAUUCUCUUCAAAACUGCAGCUCUAGUGCUGUCCAGCGGAACGGAUAUUCUAGCGAUUGCAAAUGGCUGCCUAGCUGUUAGGGAAAGCUAUAAAAUCUUCGAAAAAUGCAUGAAAAUCGUGGAGAAAAAGACGUGGUCUUCCGAAUUUUUGAAGAACGAGUUCGAAUUUGGCGCCAAAUGCGGCUUAGGUGUUUAUCAGCUGUAUCUAUCCGUCUUGCCUCCAAAAAUCCUCAAAAUUCUCGAAUGGGUCGGAUUUCGAGGCGAUCGCGACGCCGGAUUAGCCCUUCUUUACGAAUGUGCAAACGCCAACUGCUGCAGAAGCAUCUUUUCAAAGUGGUUUCCGAUGUUCUACUUCUACAUUGUCCAGUAUUUCUUCGGCACAGUUGGCGAGAUCAAAGGAUUGAGCUGCGAAACGACAGACGAACAUCUUCAACAACUUGGAAAUCUGUUCAAAGGAGGAGCAAUCGUUGAAAUCAACAAGGCGCAGAGAAAAAUCAUCGAUGGUGAUUUAAAAACUGCAAUUACUCAUCUUAAUCCAGGUCAACAUAGCUUCCAAAAUUUCGACCAUUUUCUGUACUGGAAUCUGUAUUGGUGCAAUGGAAUGCUUCAGAAUUUCGAAGAAGCGCAAAAAUAUUCCGCUAAAUUGCUGAAGGAGUCGAAAUGGAGCCCCGCUAUUUAUUCUUAUAUGCAUGGACUUGCCUUGCUCGAACUGGGCCGAACCGAUGAAGCUUUAGAAAUCUUCUCAAAAAUCGAGUCGCUUCGUCAAAAAGUGGCUGGAAAAAGCAUUCCCGAUGAGAAAUACGUUUCUCGAAAAGCGACUGCAUUUGUCGAUGGCAAAUCAAAACUCGCUUUUGGCUUUCUGGAGCUUGCGUAUUUCUUCAACUACACAAAGACAGGCAAUUUCAAUCCAGAAAUCGUGCGAAUUUGGAGAAGCACUUGUGAAAAAAGGGCAGCGACGCUGGAGAAAGAGUCGGAAGAGCAGGCGAUUUACUCAUUUUUCAAGGGACUCUUCCUGAUACAGUCGGGGAAACCAGCAGAUGCCUCGACGGAGCUGAAAAUCCUCCUGAAAACUCACAAAAAGCUAAAAAUUGAAAAAUACAUCCUCCCUUGCGCCACUGUGGAGCUUGGAAAUGCUCUUAGACUUCAAGGAUACAAUUCAGAAGCGGCGAAAUGCUUCGACCAAGCGAAGGACAAGUUCACCGGGUAUUAUUUGGAGAGCCGGCUUCACUUCCGCUGUCAUAAUUAUAAAUCUAUUCUGCAGAAUGCAACUGAAACAACCAUGUAA